UAUCGAGCCGCGAUCGCAGAUGGUACGCGAAAAAGUUGAAAGAAUUGCGAACGGAAUUUUUAUUAUUUUAUAUUUGAAUUUAAAAGACUAUUGGCGCGCAUGAGAAAAAGUUAACAAGGAAGAGAAUACGAGUACAUAAGUGAACUUUAAUAAAAGUGUAGAAAUUUGAAUUUUUCGAAAUUAAAAAAGUGUGUGAUAUCGCUGAAGAAUUAUUAAAAUACUGAAAACAAAUUAGUUGUUUCGAAAAAACCUGACAGCAUAUUGCAAAAAUAUGAAUCGUAAAAUUGGUAAGGCGGCCAUGGGCCUGCGGUUGCUCACUGCCCUCACACUACUCGGCGCAGUAGUGGCCUUUGAUCACACACUCAAAUAUGACUAUCCGGGUCCUUACUGUGCGGCGAAGAAUAUCUGUUGUCGAAACAGAGAAGAUGGCUGUGCGAUGCCAAUUUCAACCACACUCUGCUAUUGUGAUGAAUUCUGUGACCGCGAUCAAUCCUCUGACUGCUGUCCCGAUUACCGUUCGUUCUGCCUGAAUGCGCCGGAUCCGAUAAUCCGAUGCCUACACAAUGGCAUCUAUUUUAACAAAUACAACACCACCACCGACAACUGUAAUGAGUGUCGUUGUCUCGAAGGCGGUGUAGUGGAGUGCGAUCGUGAUGUCUGUCUCACCGAUGACAAUUUGGUUAACAAUGUGAACUCCAUACGGCAAUUAGGUUGGUCGGCACGCAAAUAUGACGAGUGGUGGGGACACAAAUACUCGGAGGGCCUAACAUUACGUUUGGGUACCAAGGAACCAACAUUCCGCGUCAAAGCAAUGACACGAUUGACCAAUAAAGCAGGCGCCUUGCCACGUCAAUUCAACGCCGUGGAUCGAUGGGCGAGCCUCAUAAAUGAUGUGCCAGAUCAAGGUUGGUGCGGCUCAUCUUGGGUGCUAUCCACCACAUCGGUUGCCUCAGAUCGCUUUGCCAUACAAUCGCAGGGCAAGGAAGUUGUACAGCUAUCGCCACAGAAUAUUUUGUCGUGUACACGCAAACAGCAGGGUUGCAAUGGCGGUCAUUUGGACGCUGCGUGGCGUUAUCUCCACAAGCAGGGUGUUUUAGAGGAGAAAUGCUAUCCUUACACGGGACGCCGCGAGACGUGCAAAGUUCGUCAUGGUGGCCGUCGUUUACUCAGCUCCUACGGCUGCCGUCCGUCAUCCAUCUCCGACCGCGAUGAAUUUUACACUACAGGUCCGGCUUACUCGCUGAAUAACGAAACCGAUAUAAUGGCGGAGAUCUUCCAUUCCGGCCCGGUGCAGGCCACAAUGCGCAUCUACCGCGAUUUCUUUGCCUACUCGGGUGGUGUCUACCGGCACACCGCAGCCAGUCGCAGCAGUCCGACUGGUUUCCACUCGGUGAAAUUGGUCGGUUGGGGUGAGGAGCACGAUGGCGUCAAGUACUGGGUUGCCGCCAAUUCCUGGGGUCCCUGGUGGGGUGAACAUGGCUAUUUCCGCAUUGCGCGCGGUGACAACGAAUGCGGCAUUGAGGAUUAUGUCUUAGCCGCCUGGCCCAAUGUCUACAAUUAUUUCAGGACCAGCAAGGACUGAAAUGCGAAGAGCUCGAUGUAAGGCGUGAGCAAAAAAGAAAUCUCGUAUACUUUUCCAGUUGAAAUAUUUGUAAACCACAUAGCUGCAAAAGAGUUUAAGAAACCUUUAAAAGAAAGUGGUAUUGAAUGUGAAGAAAUUGUUUGCGCUUCGGCGUAUGUUUUAGGCAUAA